UAAAAGGUAAUACGUCUUUUUACUUAAAUUAUUCUUGUGUACGUUACUUGUGUUCCACUAUCUUGUUGAUUGAACUAAAAUAUUGUGGGUAAUGUACUUAUUCAGCCUGGAAGGGGUGAAACACUAAGUUAAUGUAAGUAAACUGGACUUGAAACGAACUUGUUACUGGAGGGGGCGCUUGAAUUCAGCAGUGCACAUGCGCAGUGAAGCAAGCAGUGCGGGAUCCUUUCAGCAGUGACUUUGCAGACAGCGAUUCGAAGACCUCCUCUAAGAUUGAAGACAAGACAACACGGAUGCAGUGGACGUGUAAGUUUUGUAACUUCACUUGUGAAAAGCGAGAAGAGCAACCCUCUGUAAAGCAGAUGUUGGAACGCUGGCCAGCUCUUUUUAGGAAACAACAGGUUUUUGCUGAGUUCACCCGAGUAGCAAGUAGGGAUCUAGAGCAAGACUUCUUUGAGUCUUUGGACCGCCACACCCCACGUUUCCUUGAGAUCUUCAAGUCGAAGAAGGGAAUCAUUGGAACUACACUUUCAGAGAUUCUUGGCCAAGUUGAAAAAAGGACUACUGAUAUCAUUGCCAAGAGGACUGCUGUCCUGCGAUGUCUUCCAGUUUUCCUCUGGGAUGAUGGGGGAAACUUCUAUAAAGUCUGUUUUGACUCGGACACCAUGGCAGACUUAAGCCAGGUUCCCGUGGGGAUAUUGACAGUUGUUCCUGAAGCAAGUCAGCAGCCAGAUCCAAACGCUCUACAUCUGGAACCAUCCAGCAUUGGCAUCAUUCUGGAGGGUACAGUUGUUAUGGAUGACAUUGAAAGCCAUGACCAAGCAGUUUGCCUUAUCUUUGGACUAAUCUACGCCCUUCAUCUUGAUUAUCCAAAACCACUCAAAAACACCUUUGACUUCAUUCAGAGAGUGCUGCUCAGUCUCGGUGUAGGGAACCUCAGGCCAAAACUUCAGAGCUUGAAAAAUGCACUUUUGCUGUAGAGGCUCACAGAUGCACACAGCUGCAAGUAACAGAUAAAUAUGCUGCAGCAUAAACACUUGGUUUGACUUUUAGCUAAACGAUAUUCAGGUUGUACAGUAAGGUUUGUAAUGACCUACAUGUUUUACUUCCAAGGUGUAGGUUUUAUAUAGUGUUUAAAUAUUUCUGGGGCAUUUCUUACUUAAAGCUGUGAUAAAAGACAAAUAUGCUAAGACUUGACUGUUAGUUUUUCCAGGUUCUACAGUAAGAUUUGUAGUGACCUACAUGUUUUACUCCGCAGUUGUAUUCUUUUAUAUAUUGUUCUAAUAUCUGGGGUAUUAUUCACUUAAGGUUUAUCAGAAAACCAAACAAAAAAGCUAAGUUUAAAUGACAUCUGUAUUAUCAUAAAGCAAUGUGUCAGCGUGUUUUGACAAUUUUCUGAUUUGUGAGAUUUAAACCCCUAAGUAAGGCAAAGUUAUUACAUUUUAUAUGGCUUUAUGUUAUAAAGCUUGGUCUUUUGUUAAAAUGCUAUGUUAAAAAAUAAACAUUGCUUCUUGUGAACUUA